CAUGAAACUAAAGCACAGCAUUCAAGAACUCAUGGCUUCAACUAAGAUAGUUCUUGGUGCAAUCUUCAUUGCUUCCUUCUACUUAUCUGCCUCCCUUGCCUUCCCCCCUGGUCACCAUGAGGGUGCCUAUCCAGUUGGAAAUGGCCCAAUCUCAGGUCUUUCUCCAGAUUACUACAAGUUCACAUGCCCACAAGCCGAUGAGAUUGUGGUGUCUAUACUGAAGAAGGCUAUCGCAAAGGAACCAAGGAUAGCUGCUUCCCUUCUCAGGCUCCUAUUUCAUGACUGCUUUGUUCAGGGCUGUGAUGCAUCAGUUCUUUUGGAUGACACUGAGGAAUUCGUAAGCGAGAAAAGUGCUAUUCCCAAUAAGAAUUCAAUUAGGGGAUUUGAGGUCAUAGAUGAGAUCAAAGCCGCACUUGAAGAAGCAUGCCCACAUACAGUCUCCUGUGCAGACACUAUUGCCCUAGCAGCCAGAGGUUCAACAGUACUGAGUGGUGGACCAUAUUGGGAGCUUCCAUUAGGAAGGAGAGAUUCAAAGACAGCAAACAUGAAGCUAGCAAAUAAGAACCUUCCUCCCCCAAAUGCAACUCUACACCGUCUUAUCAAGUUUUUCCAAAGGCAAGGACUGGAUAAGGUGGACCUUGUGGCACUAUCAGGAAGCCACACGAUCGGAAAGGCCAGAUGUGUGAGUUUCAAACAGCGCCUCUACAAUCAGCAUAGAGAUAAAAGACCAGACAUCACGCUAGAGAAAAGUUUCUAUCACACAUUGGCAUCGGGGUGCCCACGCACUGGUGGUGAUAACAACAUACGAUCACUAGAUUUUGUCAGCCCUUCAAAAUUUGACAACAGCUACUAUAAGCUGAUAUUGGAGGGAAAAGGGCUUCUCAAUUCAGAUGAAGUUUUGUGGACAGGAAAAGACCCAGAAAUAGCAGGGCUGGUUAAAAGUUAUGCAGAAAACGAGCCACUAUUCUUUGAACACUACGUGAAUUCCAUAAUCAAAAUGGGGAACAUAAAUCCCCUCAUGGGUCACAAUGGAGAAAUCCGCAAGAACUGUCGUAGGGUCAAUCAGGAGGUCUAGCCAUCAAAAUGCUUCUGUUUGAAUUAGGUUCCUUUGCUUGUGAUGAACCAUUUACUUUGCAUGUUAUGUCAGUUUGAAUGUCAGCAUGCCAAUGUGUGGUGGCAUAAGAUGUAACUUUAACUUCAGUUUGCUUUUUUUUUCUAAUUUGUUAAUGUAAGCCGACUACUUUCAACGAAAUGUAUCUCAUUUUCUUUUGCUCUGAAUCAA